ACUCACCUACAUCCUACCACAUCGCCACCACCAUGCCCAAGAGAAAGGCUGAAGGGGAUGCUAAAGGAGAUAAAGCCAAAGUGAGGGACAAACCACAGAGAAGAUCUGCGAGGUUGUCUGCUAAACCUGCUCCUCCAAAGCCAGAGACCAAGCCUAAAAAGAUCCCUGCAAAGAAUGGAGAGAAGGUACUCAAAGGAGAAACGGGAAAAGCUGACACUGGCAAGGAGGGGAAUAAGCCUGCAGAAAAUGGAGAUGCCAAAACAGACCAGGCACAGAAAGGUGAGGGUGCUGGAGAUGCCAAGUGAAGCAUGUGCAUUAUUGCUAACUGUGUACUUCUGGUGACUAUACAGUUUGAAAUACUAUAUUUUAUAAAAAUGCAGAAUUUUGUGUUUUUUGUUUGUUUGUUUUGAGACAGAGUCUCACUCUA